AUGGAUGGACCGCCGCCCCCGCCGCCCCCGCAUGGGGAGAAUCCUCAUACCACCGAUGGCGAGUAUCGCAAAUCAUCCGACCUUCCGCCGGGUAACUACGACAUCUUCAUCGUUCCACCACACUCUUCCGGCGGCGGUUUCCUAUAUCUACCCUCCCUCCAAUGCCAGCGGAACAGUUUCAUCGCUGGUGCCGCAAGUAUGCUCCUGGUCGUUCUGGUAUGGUCUGCGAUCGCACCAAUCGUCCGGACAUGGUACACGGCAACGGCACCCAACGGUGUCAAUGGUAUGGGAAUAGUGGUUAUGGCUAUUGGUGUAGGAGUAGCUGGAUGGGCAUUUGGAAUGUCGCAAUCCAGCAAGGGUAACAACGGGGGUGGAAAUAGGCGAUUCGGUGGUGGUUUCUCGGGAGGCUCGAAUGAACAAAAUGCCAACAGCCAAUCUUCUGGUACCAAACCCAACAAUGGCAACGAACACGGGCAGCGGCAACACGGAAACAACGGUGGUUCAGGCCCGCAGCAUGGCGGAAACUUUGGCGGAGGGCCGAACCGUGGCAACCAGUAUGCGGGCAACCAACACGACGCCGGUGCGCCACCAAAGACGGACCAGAACAAUCAUGGUCCGAAUGGCGCUGAAUGGGAGCGCGCACGGGAGGAAACCAAGCGGAAGGAGGAACUUCGCCGGAAGAUGGAGGAGUUCAAGCGCAAGCGCGAGGCAGAAGCCAAAGAGAAGGAGAGGAAACGCGAGCGGGAAGCCAUGGAGAAAGAGUUGAAGGAGCGCCGCGAGCAGCUGGAGCGAGAAAUGGCUGCUGCAAGAGAAAAGGCUGAGAGAGAAGCGCGAGAGAAGGCCGAGAAGGAAGCAGCGGAAGCCCGUGAGAAGCAGGAAAAGGAGGCUCGGGAAGCCCGUGAAAGGGAGGAAAAGGCCGCUGCCGCCGCCAAAGCAGAGGCAGAGCGGUUGGCUGCAGAGGCGAAAGAGAAAGCUGCUAAAGAGGCCGCGGAAAAGGAGGCAGCGGCAAAGGCAGCGGCUCAAAAAGAGGCCAUGGCCAAGUUCGCCGCUCUCAAAGAAGCGGCUGCCAAACGAUAUGCCGAGAAGAAGGCACAGGAUGCGAAGAAAGAAGCAGCCAACAAGCCUCCGGCGAGUGCUGCCAGCGCAACCGGUUCUCCUCGAACACCGUCGCCCAAAAAGCCUCCUUUUCCAACGGCAAAGACCACUGUCGAAGAAGACGAUGCGUAUUCCUUUCGGCCAUACGAUCGUCCACGCCGGCCGUAUGGACAACCUUCUGGGUCUUCAGCAUACUCUGAAUCAUCGUAUGCUCCAUCUCAAUCGACAGCACGUACGACACCUCCGCCCUCGCAUCGCAGCUCUUAUUCCACCAAGGAUCCUGAUAAGAUUGUGAUCCAAGGCGUGUAUCAGUUCAACAACGCUUUUAUGAAAACCCCAGUCGCUCAACUUGUUUCCGGGCAGGGUAUGGUGACCGACGGGCUUGUACUGCGGAUUACUACCGAAGGUCUCUUCAUUGAUGAUGACCUUCGAGGAGUUGGGCAGCGCGAAUGGGAUGUUAAAGCAUGGACGUUGAAACUGGCCGAGGUGUGGUGCCCCCAGAUGGGACCCGACAAGUCCUCCAAACCAGGGUCUACCAAUCCCUUCUCCUUCCGCCGUGGUAACUCGGCGCACUCGGUGCCCACAAGCGAGGAAUCUGAUGCCUUCGUUAUAAACCUGCUCAAGGUCUGCAAGAAUACCUGCCGCCUGGCAUCCCCAUCAGCAUGCUUCGCCCGCGGUUCUGCUGCGAGCGGUGUGGAUGGAGGACCCGUGCACCCACCCCAGGGAGACUCCCGUGGACUCCAUAUUCUCCGCGCCAGUUUGCGUGACCAGGAGGGCAAACGCUAUGUCUUUGUUUUGCAGGAUACGGAGGCGUGGAAGGUCGCUAUCGGCCUUCAACGGCUGCGUAGCGGUGCACUUGUCCGUGCCCUAGGUGUGUCUGCAUUGCCGAGCACUGAAUGCAAGAGCAUCCUUGGCGGACUAGGUUAUACGUGA